AUGUUUUGCACUUCAGCAUUAUUUCCUGACGUACUAGUAGAACUAGUAGAGGAUACUACCCACUCCAUUCCUAUUUCGUCUUUCUCAGGCACAAACUAUAUAUCUUUGAACUCCUAUUUGAAAGACUUGCAAGUCAAUUUUAUUCGUAACCAUCGCGUAUCGUAUCAUUCUUGGGACACACUGAUUAAACCUGCAGACAACUUCCUAGAGGCAUUGCUAACAGCUGGCAAAGCAUCUCACAAUCAUCACCACACGGCCCCCUGGGACUAUAAGGCCUCCGAAUGGCCAUUCUUGCGAUUGAAUAUUACCACAUUAUUUGUUGACCUAUUUGCAAAAAUUGGAUGGGCGUAUGAUUUGCGAGAACCUUCACCCACCCUAGUGCAAAACGUCAUCCAAAAAAUUGGUCGUAAUUCUAAUAUAUAA